AUGAGGAGAAAAGAUUUGACAAGUGAGGAGAGAGCUGGACUCAUUCAAUUCUUGAUCAUUGACAGCAAGAAUGGCAAGCCACCACGAGGCAAAAUGAAGGCUGCCGAGCUCAAGUUCGGUGUAUCUCGGAGAACAGUUUGUCGUCUUUGGGCUGAGGCAAAGCAAAAACAACAACAAGAGCUAAUUGCAAGCCUUGAGUUAUCUAAAAGAUCAACCAUAAGAAGAUUAGCUAGUGGCAUCAACUGCAGCAAGAGUACUGUAGGGAGGUGGAUAGAUCAGGGGCUGAUCAAGGCUCAUACAAAUGCUAUAAAACUUGAACUUACAGCCCCAAAUAAGCUGUCAAGAAUGCGGUUUUGCUUAGAGCAUAUUGAGUAUGACAGGCUGCUAGAGAAAUUGCAGUUCAAGUGCAUGCAAAACACUAUCCAUAUCGAUGAGAAGUGGUUCUACAUCACCAAAUCUUCUCACAGAUUCUAUUUAACUCCAGCAGAGGCUGAGCCACAUAGAACUUGCAAGAGUAAAAAGUUUAUCACAAAGGUAAUGUUCUUAUGCGCUGUGUGCCGACCAAUUUUUGGUGAAGAUGGGAGUGUUCUAUUUGAUGGAAAGAUAGGCAUAUUCCCUUUAACAGAAAUGGUACCAGCACAGAGGUCAAGCAAGAAUAGGGAAGCAGGGACACUUGAGCAAAAGCCAAUCCAGAGCAUAACAAAACAAGUACUCAAAGACUGCUUCAUCAAGAAGGGGAGGGCGUCGACGCGGGCUGCUGCUGGAUUGACGACAUCGGCGCAGGCUGCUGCUGCUAGUCGCUGGGCUGAGGGGGAGGCCGCCAUUAAAGCCAAGUGGCCUUCAUUUGCAAGCAAGACUAUCUUCAUUCAACAAGACAAUGCUAGGCCACACAUCAAGAAUGAUGACAUAGAGUUUAGAGAGUGUGCAUCAGCUGAUGGUUUUAACAUCAACAUUGUACAUCAGCCUCCAAACUCCCCUGAUACUAACAUUAAUGACCUAGGGUGGUUCAUGGCUAUUCAAAGCCUGCGAACAGAGAGUGUUUGCUUUAAUGUUGAUCAACUAGUAAAUGCAGUGGUUUCUUCAUUCAAUGAACUUGCACCAAUGACAUUGAAUUUUGUUUUCCUAAGUUUGCAAGGUUGCAUGAUAGAGAUAAUGAAGGUGAAGGGACAGAAUUGCUACAAACUGCCCCAUAUGAAGAAAGUGUCCAUGCUAAGACAGGAGAUACUUCCUUUAUGUUUGGAAGUCCCCACAGAAUUGGUGAAAGAUUGCAUAUCUUAUCUACGGGAGAAAGGUGAAGUGGAAGGCAUUGAAGACCUAGAGCAUCGCUUAGGUCUUCAUCAAGCAACAGUUUAA